AUGUCUACUGGUGGCACUCCUCCUUCCUCUGAUUGUCCGAUUGAUGACUCCCCAAAUACUACCCCAUCACCCGAUUCGUCUGCUGUUCAUCCUUCUCCUCAUUCCACAUCCACCAAUACUACUCCAUCAUCUCAGCUGCCCAAUUCCAAACAUCCACUUGAAGAUCCAGCACAUCCUUACUAUCUUCAUCAUGGAGAUAACCCCGACAAUAUCUUGGUCACACAACUUCUCACCGGCCAAGACAAUUACCCUUUAUGGAGUCGGGCAAUGCGGCUUGCUAUAUCUAUCAAAAACAAGAUAGGCUUUCUUGAUGGUUCUAUCACUAAACCUUCUAUAUCUGAUACUUUCUUAUACAAUGCUUGGUUUAGAAAUAAUAAUAUUGUGAUUUCUUGGAUACUUAACUCGGUUUCAAAAGAAAUUUCAACAAGCAUUUUAUAUGAUGAAUCCGCUUUUGAGAUUUGGACAGAUCUUUGGAUUCGAUUUCAGUGA